CUCUCUCUUAUUGGCUUCCAGAUUUUAAUUCGCCACUCCAUACUUCAGUUUCUAGUUUCAUCAAGUGUUGAAGCAUCAUGGGAAGGAACGUGCAAGAACACGUAGUUCUACUUGGAGAAUCCAAGGGUAUGGUAGAAGGUGAAUUCGGAGGAGAAUCAUCGUUAUCUUCUCUGUCCAAAUCACCAAAUCAAACUAGCAGACCAACCAGCAUGGUUGUCAAGAAAGUACACACAGUGAUUCCGGCUCACUUGGUGGCUGAAGCCAUAUCAACACUCCAUGGCCUUGACCUGAGAUGGUCUGGUCCAAUUACACCAAAUGAGAGGCUAUAUGUACAACAGUAUGUCUUUGCCAAGUAUCCAGAAUACUGCAAUGGCCUUGUUGAAGAAGGAGACAAGAUUGAUCUCUAUAGCCUUUGUAUAAAUGAUGAAUCUUCAGAGAUUAUGCCUGAUGAAAAGGGAAAAUCCCCAAGGAGCACUGGCAUAAGAGAGUCAUCUUCGCCCUCCUUUGGAAGUAUCACUUCUGAUCUGGACAGAACACAGUUGGAGCCUUCAAAACUGCUUGAUAUCCUCACAAAAAAAUCUUCAUUUCAAGGGAAUUUCAUGUCUAUCCCAGAAAUCCAAGUCCGAAACAGAGCUUUGCAGCAUUGUGGGCUAAAUGAAGAUGAGUAUUUGGUUCUUUUCACGCCCACUUUGAAGGAAGCUAUGAUGAUGAUAGGUGAAUCAUAUCCUUUCUUCAGAGGUAACUAUUAUAUGACCAUUGUUGGGGAAGAACAUGAUUGUGUAAGGGAAUUUGUUGGUUCAAAAGAUUCAAAGGUUAUUGCAGCACCAGAAACUUGGCUUGAUUUAAGGAUCAAAGGUUCACAACUUAGUCAGUAUUUUAGAAGGAAGUGUAAACAUUGUCCCAAGGGGCUUUUCGCCUACCCUGCUGAUUUGAAUGGAACGCGUUACUCUAUGCAUUGGAUCUCGGAGGCACACAGGAAUUCAUGGCAUGUUUUACUUGACGCGACUGCCCUGGAUAUUGGGAAGGACCGGUUAAACCUUGCGCUCCACCGGCCUGAUUUUGUGGUGUGUACAGUUGAUAAUAAGCAUGCUCAACCAUCCAAGAUCACUUGCCUUUUAGUUAGGAAAAAAUCAUUUGAAACUACUGCACCUUCAACUUAG